AUGGAUGAAGUAGAAAGAUACAAACAAUCCAGAAACAAUGGUUGCUGUAUGUAUGAAGAUUGUCCUUAUCCAUUUAACGGUGAUGUCAGAACACAUAUGGAAGAGUAUCACAAGUGUUACGAGUGUGAUAUGUGCGAUCGAUCUUUUUUUCUUAAGCAGGCUCUAAUCGACCAUACGAAUUCAAUGGGACACAAUGUUGUAUGUCGUGCUUGCAAUGAAACAUUCUCCACCAAAUUAGACCUUCAUUUACACCUAAGGGAGAACAAACAUUAUCGCCGGCAGCAACACUUCUCUGAAUCGUUUCAAGAGCAACCUCAUUCGACAGAAUACUCUUGCAUUGACAUUUCCAUUAACUUUUUCUCAUCAGAGUCACGUGAAGUUUCAUCACAACCAGACAUUGUUAUUGAAAAUGACGAGUCUCCAGUUUCACUUAAAGGAAGAUUCCCACACAUCUUCAAAGGAAGUCGGGAAGGAGAAUCACUAAAUAAGUUCAUGGAGAGACUUGUUCGGCCUAAUGACGAGUACAUCAGACGGUGUGAAAAUCUGGUGAACAGACUGAAAAAGUUCAUGGAACACAACACUAAACUCCACGUGAAAAAGGUGUUUGUGGCUGGCUCGGUGGGGAAAAUGACCAACAUUUCAAAUCAUUCAGAUGUCGAUCUUAUUGUGUUCAUUGAUGACUAUUCUACCAUGAAGGAGUUCAAAACUAAUCUUGGAAGUGUUUUGGAAAAGUUAGAGCGACAUGUACGAAAUGAUUUAAAUUGGGCAAAAGAGGUGACACACAAAAACACUACGCCUCACGCUGUUCAAUUCGAAGUAAAACUGAAAGGAUACGAUGAUGACGACGAUGACGUGAUUCAAGUGGAUCUGUUGCCAGCACUGGAUCUUUUUCCAGCAUCAGACGAACUUGAUGAACGAGAUCUCAUGGAGGAAUGUAAGCUGAUCUAUAAAGACAUGAAGUCAAAAUCUUCCAUAGAGAGAAGAUACUAUUCUGUAUGUUUUGCCGAGAUCCAAACAGAAUUUGUGAAAUCCACUCCAAGCGAUGUUAGGGAUUUGAUUAGACUGCUCAAGUAUUGGAAAUAUGUAUGUAUGAUGUACAUAUUUAUACUGAACAUGUUCCGGUUACAUCAUGUUUCCUGGAGUAUUUGGUUAUACACUUAUGGCAAAAUGAAUGGGAUGAAGCUGAAGAGCUGGAUGUUCAUCCUAAGGUUAAAGAGGUUGUUUGUCAACUGA